AUGGACGUCAACAGCAAGCGGUCAGUUCAUAUCUAUCUAUCUAUCUAUCUAUCUAUCUAUCUAUCUAUCUAUGUCGGUUCAUAUCUAUCUAUCUAUCUAUCUAGGUCUGUUCAUGUCUAUCUAUCUAUCUAUCUCUGCUCAUAUCUAUCUAUCUAUCUAUCUAGGUCAGUUCAUUAUCUAUCUAUCUAUCUAUCUAUCUAUCUAUCUAUCUAUGUCUGUUCAUAUCUAUCUAUCUAUCUAUCUAUCUAUCUAUCUAUCUAUCUAUGUCUGUUCAUAUCUAUCUAUCUAUGUCUGUUCAUAUCUAUCUAUCUAUGUCUGUUCAUAUCUAUCUAUCUAUCUAUCUAUCUAUCUAUCUAUCUAUCUAUGUCUGUUCAUAUCUAUCUAUCUAGGUCUGUCUGUUCAUGUUCAUCUAUCCAUCUAUCUAUCUAUCCAUCUAUCUAUCUAUCUAUCCAUGUCUGUUCCAUCAUUCAUCUAUCUAUCUAUCUAUCUAUCUAUCUAUCUAUGUCUGUUCACAUCUAUCCAUCUAUGUCUGUUCAUAUCUAUCUAUCUAUCUAUCUAUCUAUGUCUGUUCAUAUCUAUCUAUCUAGGUCUGUUCAUGUCUAUCUAUCUAUCUAUCUAUCUAUCUAUCUAUCUAUCUAUCUGGGUAUGUUCAUAUCUAUCUAUCUAUCUAUCUAUCUAUCUAUCUAUCUAUCUAGGUCAGUUCAUUAUCUAUCUAUCUAUCUAUGUCUGUUCCACAUCUAUCUAUUCAUCUAUCCAUCUAUCUAUCUAUCUAUCUAUGUCUGUUCAUCUAUCUAUCUAUCUAUCUAUCUAGGUCUGUUCAUGUCUAUCUAUCUAUCUAUCUCUGUUCACAUCAUUAUCAUCUAUCUAUCUAUCUAUCUAUCUAUCUAUCUAUCUAUCUGGGUAUGUUCAUAUCUAUCCAUCUAUCUAUCUAUCUAUCUAUCUAUCUAUCUAUCCAUCUAUCUAUGUCAGUUCAUUAUUCAUCUAUCUAUCUAUCUAUCUAUCUAUCUAUCUAUCUAUCUAUGUCUGUUCAUUAUCUAUCUAUCUAUCUAUCUAUCUAUCUAUCUAGGUCUAUUUCAUAGGUCUCAUUCAUCUAUCUAUCUAUCUAUCUAUCUCUGUUCAUAUCUAUCUAUCUAUCUAUCUAUCUAUCUAUCUAUCUAUCUAUCUAUCUCUGUUCAUAUCUAUCUAUCUCUGUAUCUAUCUAUCUAUCUAGGUUUAUUCAUAUCUAUCUAUCUAUCUAUCUAUCUAUCUAUCUAUCUAUCUAUCUAUCUAUCUAUCUAUCUAUCUGCCUUAACCUCUUUAUCAUCUAUAUAUCAGUUUGCACAUAUCUACCUAUCCCUCGUUCAUCGACCCAACUUUAACAUUUGGUUCCAGCAUAUUCGAUGUCAACGCUGUCAAAUAGUGAAACGUAGCCCCUGCGGCCUGUCCUCUUUUUCCCCACCUGCCAAACUACCCGGCCAACCCGCCACCCUUCAUUCGUAUCUAUCUAUCUAUCUAUCUAUCUAUCUAUCUAUCUAUCUAUCUAUCUAUUCGGUUAAUGUACAUUAUGUUCGUAUCUAUCUAUCUAUCUAUCUAUCUAUCUAUCUAUCCGUGUAA